AUGUCUGAAGCGCCUGCUUCCAACAACAACAUGGAGAAGACGUCGUCGGAGCUUCCACCGGACCUCUUCAUGGAGAUACUAUCGUGGAUCCCCGCUAGGGCCCUCUUGAAGCUCCGGUGUGUACGCAAACACUGGUACUCCAUGACAACCGAUCCUGUCUUCAUCAGAUUUCACCUGCAACGACAGCAACUCCUCCCUCAAGUUACCUCCGUCCUCACAUUUCACAAGCGACUGAACGAUGGAGCAGCCCUGUCUCUCCUGGAUGUAGUCGACGCACCGUGGGCUGCAAAGCAUGUCGCCGUUUGGGACAACCACCCACUGCUGAACAUAUCUUCUCCUUGCCAUGGAUUGAUUUGCCUCUACCACAUCUACAUGGAGCCCGACGUCUGCCUCUACAACCCCGCCACUCGCAAAAGCUUCUCCUUGCCGCAAAACUUCACCAGCGAAGAUAUACUUCUAUCUGCGUUUUGCUUAGGAUACCAUCCAAUUUCAAGACAGUAUAAAGUUAUCCAUGUGUUCUACACUCGAUCGAACGGGUUGGGGAUGGAAGUACUCACUGUUGGCGGAAGUACAUGGAGGAAGGUGGAAGUGAGCAGCGCUCGUACCACGUUUACUUCGAUAAAGAUGGGAAGACCGAGUGCAACUGGAACUAUGUACUGGCUUGCACUGAGGCAGGGAACCCUGGAAGACAUUAUUCUCUCCGUUGAUCUAGAUGAUGAAAGGCUCAUAGAGGUUCCUUUACCACAAACUGAACGCCACCAUGAGGGAGGUCACAAAUCAUUGACAGAGUUGGAAGGCACCAUUCAUUUGGUUAGCCACUGGUUCGCCAAGGCAAACUGGAUGGAUAUUUGGAUGUUACGAGAGUCGGGUGCCCAUCGACUGUGGAUCCAUAGGUUUCAUCUCCGUCUGUGUGCUUUGCCGAGGGGAGUACGCCCGAUGGAGAGAGAAUUACGUCCUCCCAUACCUCUUCUCAUCAACCAGGGUAAGAUUCUGAUGCGCGACAGUCGAAGACUAGUUUAUUUCGAUCUGGCGAUCGAAGGCUUGCAGCAUGAAGUAGUCAUUCGUGCUUAUGAUGAUUUCAUUGCUUUUGUCACCGUGGAAAGCCUUGUUUCAUUUUAG